UGGUAACCACGUGUGAUCAGACUUCCGCCCUCAGCAGCGGCUGCCGGGAGAAUGUUUACCGAACUGAACAGCCUGCUGGGAGCCAGCACCGAGAGCCUGGACCGGGUCAGCGAUCCCCAUAUUAUAAAUUAAUUAAUAAUAACAAUAAUAAUAUAAAUAUACCUUCCCCAUAUAAUGAUAUAAAUAUAUAAUGAUAUAAAUAUAUAAUGAUAUAAAUAAUUAAUAAUUAAUAUACCUCCCCCAUAUAAUAAUAUAAAUAAUAAUAUACCUCCCCAUAUAAUAAUAAUAAUAAUAAUAAUAUCAAUAUAUAAUAAUAUAAUAUACCUUCCCCAUAUAAUGAUAUAAAUAUAUAAUGAUAUAAAUAAUUAAUAAUAAUAUACCUCCCCCAUAUAAUAAUAUAAAUAUAUAAUAAUGAUAUAUAAUAAUAUAAAUAUAUAAUAACAAUAAUAUACCUCCCCCAUAUUAUAAAUAAUAAUAAUAAUAUAUAAUAGUAAUAAUAUACCUCCCCAAUAUAAUAAUAUAAAUAUAUAAUAAUAAUAUACCUCCCCCAUAUAAUAAUAAUAUACCUCCCUCAUAUAAUAAUAUAUAAAAUUAAUAUUAUAUACCUCCCCAUAUAAUAAUAUAUAAUAAUAAUAAUAUACCUCCCCAUAUAAUAAUAUACCUCCCCAUAUAAUAAUAAUAUACCUCCCCAUAUAAUAAUAAUAAUAUACCUCCCCAUAUAAUAAUAAUAUACCACCCCCAUAUUAUAAUAAUAAUAAUAAAAUACCUUCCCCAUAUACUACUACUAAUAAUAAUAUACCUCCCCCAUAUUAUAAUAUACCUCCCCCAUAUUCUAAUAAUAAUAUAUCUCCCCCAUAUAAUAUAUAUAAUACCUCCCCUGUAUAAUAGAAUACCUCUCAUAUAUAUAUAUAUAUAUAUAUAUAUAUAUAUAUAUAUAUGGGAGGUAUUAUAUAUUAUAUGGGAGGUAUAUAAUAUUAUAUACCUCCCCAUAAAAUAUAUAAUACCUCAUAUAUAAACAUCCUCCCCAUAUAAUAAUAUAUAAUACCUCCCACACAUAUAUAUCUAUCUCUAUAUAUAUAUAUAUAUAUUCCUCCCCGUAUAAUAUAUGAAGCUCCGCGUAUAAUAUAAGAUCCUCCCCAUAUAAUGUAAUAUCCUCCCCCAUAUAAUGUAUAUAAUACCUCCCACAUAUAAUAUACCUCCCCCAUUUAAUAUAUAUAUAUAUAUGUGUGUGUGUGUGUGUGUGUGUGUGUGUAUAUAUGGGUACAUUUUAUGGGGGUGAAGUGUAUGUAUGUAUAUAUAUAUAUACAUGUGUGUGUGUAUAUAUAUAUAUAAUAUAACCCGCAUAUAUGUAAUACUUAUAUUUCACCCCAAUAUAAUAUAACUCCUUAUAUAAAUAAUUCUUCACCCCAUAUAUAUAUAUAAUACUUUACUUAACCUCCAUAUAAUAUAACUCCAGCCUCAUAUAUACAAUACUUUACCCCAAUAUAAUCUAACUUUCUCCACCAUAUCACUUCCUCCCCUCUAUAGCUCCCCCACCAUAUAAUAUAACUUCAACCCCCCCCAUAUUAUAUAACCUUCCUGUCAUGAACGCACUUUACUUCAAGAGUGUGUGUGACAUAGUUGUGGUGCUGAAAGGGUUAAAGUUCACUAUUUGACUGCACUAGGCUGGAAAUAAGGACAAAAUCCCCCUUAACACCACCUGCACUUAACCAUAAUAAUAUAACUAUUACUAUCUUAACGCUGCCACCACCAAGACAACUUUUAAAUGGGGUGGUUUGGUCCCCCAGGUAACUUAAUAAUACUAAAAACCCACCAAAUGUAACUUAGCACAAUAUCUAUGUAAUUGCAAAAUACUUAAUUAGUCUCUUCAGGUAACGUGAUUUUUUUACCAGACAAAGGGAGAACUUAAAAAAGGAAUAUUUAUUAUGAGCAAAAAAUAGUCCCAAUGCAUACAAAAAUAUAGAUGACAGACACAAAUAGUUACACCAACAACAGAUAAAAACAAAAGGGAUGAAAUAACAGAAGUCCUAAUCAUCUACUCAGCUUUUCAAAGUAAAACUUCUUCCCCAUGGGGUCUCUAGUAAGAAAGAUGGUGACUCACUUAGAAUUAGAUUCUGGCCCCUCAAACAAGUACAAUGCACACUUCAGUCUCAUUAGAGAUAUACCCUGUGGAUUACCACACGUUGCCCAGAGGUGGAGUUAAGGCGUAUCUAUAGAGACAAUAAGUAACCACCCCCUUGUGUUUCAGACCAACAUCAAUCCAAAUGGAAACAUUUGGUUCUAUCUCCUCUUAUGUACUUGCCACAGAAGAAAUAAUUGCCUCUAUGAAUUUGUUGCCAUUGCUCCAUUUCAUAGAUAUGUCACAUUUCUUACUUGUGACCCAAUAUAGCGGACAUCACAAUGCCUUCCCCUAUGGUUAAGUUAUGCCAAUCAUGUUUGGGCUUGUUUAGAAGAUGGCGCUGGUCACAUUCCAAAUAUAACAAUAAUGAGGCUUAAUUAUUAUUCUGUGGGUAAAUGUUUUUUUUUUCUUUUGGAUAUGAUACUGGAACACCAGGCUUGUUUUUUUUUUCUCUUUUCUUGAACGCUAAUGAUCAUUAACAUAUCAAAGUAGACUUCCAGGCCACUUAUGUGUGACUUCUUACACAUUACAGAGCCUUUGAUUAAUCAAAGGAUCCAUCCAUAUGGUAAGCCAUCUGCCCCUUUUCACUUUCCUAUGCCAUUUACAUUACCCCUUCUGUCAUAUGACCUCUGUGGGGCUCUCAACUUCAAAGAGGAUUUAAGGCUAUAAACCUUUUGACCUCCCAUACAAUCAAAUUAACCCCUUUUUAUAUUGACAAUACCACCUCUACCAGGCAGGCAGGUAGGUCUAUGCACUACACUAAUUACAUUAAAGAACACUAUUCCAUAGUGCAAUAAUGAAUUAUGUACACUUGCCUUGACACUCUCCAUAUAAUAUAACCUUCCCCUGCCCACAUGUAGUGCUGCCACCAGCACUCUGAGAUUUUAGAAAAGAUGGCCAGAAUUCUGAGAAUAAUUAUUGUUAAUCUCUGUAUACCAUUUCUUUCAGGGAAAACUGAUAUUGAUCAGUGACUGUGAGAGUGAUGGGAGCUUUCUGGUGCAUCAUUUCCUGUCUUACUAUGUGAAAGGUGCGGUAUUAUUGUAAGUUCUUAGGGAUAGCCAUAGAUCAAAUAUCUGGAGAUAGACAUUGCUGCAGGUUCUUAUGGUUCCAUAAUUUAUUCUGAACUAAAUUUUUCACACAUGCGUGGGGGGUAAUGGUUGGUUAUUCUAGGAUUUACGAUUUUCUAAUUAUUUUAUUCCUCUCCCCAGCUGGCUGUAAGGUGUGUUUUCUGGGCCUCGUGCAAUCGUUCAGUCACUACAACGUCAUUGCUCAGAAGCUGGUAACUUCCUAACUUUGCUCAUUACUCAUUGUUUUACAAAAACACAACAAAUACCCACAGAGUGCACACCUUUACACUUGGCAACGUUACGUUUUACUUUAGAAUAACUCUUAAAACAAUAUUUCAUAUUUGGACAUUUUACUCCAAUGUUUGAAAUUCCCUGGUGAAUUCCCAACAUUUUCAUUUGUACGGCGAUAUCAGGAAUACAAAAUUAAUUCAAAGUGAAUUUCAAAUUUAAAACCAAAAUAGCCAAAUUGUAAAUUCUUGGCAAUUCUCACUUUAAUUAAUGACCCUGUUAGUGAUUAAAGGAACAAAAUAAGGUCAGGAACCUAAACAUGUAUUACUGACCCUAUAGUGUUAAUACUAAUUAGAUGGCUGCAUCCCUUUAAUUAGAAUAAAAACCUACCUUUAUUCCUGCGCUGCACAAGCUCUGCUCCCAUCCUGUCUCCUUUGCUGAGAUCAUCAGAAUUGACUAUCUCAGCCAAUCCAAUGCUUUCCGUCCAUUCUGAUGAACUCCGCAAAGGAGGCGGGGGGCGGAGCCCACCACUACACUGGCCAAUCAGCAUCUCCUUAUAGAGAUGCAUUGAAUCAAUGCAUCUCUAUUGGGAAAGUACAUUGCCUCAAUGCAGAGUGUUGAGACGCUGCAUGUCACCAAGGAAGCACCUCUAGUGACUGUCUGAGUGAGAUAUACGGGGAGUGCAGAAUUAUUAGGCAAGUUGUAUUUUUGAGGAUUAAUUUUAUUAUUGAACAACAACCAUGUUCUCAAUGAACCCAAAAAACUCAUUAAUAUCAAAGCUGAAUAUUUUUGGAAGUAGUUUUUAGUUUGUUUUUAGUUAUAGCUAUGUUAGGGGGAUAUCUGUGUGUGCAGGUGACUAUUACUGUGCAUAAUUAUUAGGCAACUUAACAAAAAACAAAUAUAUACCCAUUUCAAUUAUUUAUUAUUACCAGUGAAACCAAUAUAACAUCUCAACAUUCACAAAUAUACAUUUCUGACAUUCAAAAACAAAACAAAAACAAAUCAGUGACCAAUAUAGCCACCUUUCUUUGCAAGGACACUCAAAAGCCUGCCAUCCAUGGAUUCUGUCAGUGUUUUGAUCUGUUCACCAUCAACAUUGCGUGCAGCAGCAACCACAGCCUCCCAGACACUGUUCAGAGAGGUGUACUGUUUUCCCUCCUUGUAAAUCUCACAUUUGAUGAUGGACCACAGGUUCUCAAUGGGGUUCAGAUCAGGUGAACAAGGAGGCCAUGUCAUUAGAUUUUCUUCUUUUAUACCCUUUCUUGCCAGCCACGCUGUGGAGUACUUGGACGCGUGUGAUGGAGCAUUGUCCUGCAUGAAAAUCAUGUUUUUCUUGAAGGAUGCAGACUUCUUCCUGUACCACUGCUUGAAGAAGGUGUCUUCCAGGAACUGGCAGUAGGACUGGGAGUUGAGCUUGACUCCAUCCUCAACCCGAAAAGGCCCCACAAGCUCAUCUUUGAUGAUACCAGCCCAAACCAGUACUCCACCUCCACCUUGCUGGCGUCUGAGUCGGACUGGAGCUCUCUGCCCUUUACCAAUCCAGCCACGGGCCCAUCCAUCUGGCCCAUCAAGACUCACUCUCAUUUCAUCAGUCCAUAAAACCUUAGAAAAAUCAGUCUUGAGAUAUUUCUUGGCCCAGUCUUGACGUUUCAGCUUGUGUGUCUUGUUCAGUGGUGGUCGUCUUUCAGCCUUUCUUACCUUGGCCAUGUCUCUGAGUAUUGCACACCUUGUGCUUUUGGGCACUCCAGUGAUGUUGCAGCUCUGAAAUAUGGCCAAACUGGUGGCAAGUGGCAUCGUGGCAGCUGCACGCUUGACUUUUCUCAGUUCAUGGGCAGUUAUUUUGCGCCUUGGUUUUUCCACACGCUUCUUGCGACCCUGUUGACUAUUUUGAAUGAAACGCUUGAUUGUUCGAUGAUCACGCUUCAGAAGCUUUGCAAUUUUAAGAGUGCUGCAUCCCUCUGCAAGAUAUCUCACUAUUUUUGACUUUUCUGAGCCUGUCAAGUCCUUCUUUUGACCCAUUUUGCCAAAGGAAAGGAAGUUGCCUAAUAAUUAUGCACACCUGAUAUAGGGUGUUGAUGUCAUUAGACCACACCCCUUCUCAUUACAGAGAUGCACAUCACCUAAUAUGCUUAAUUGGUAGUAGGCUUUUGAGCCUAUACAGCUUGGAGUAAGACAACAUGCAUAAAGAGGAUGAUGUGGUCAAAAUACUAAUUUGCCUAAUAAUUCUGCACUCCCUGUACCUCGGGAGCAGUGUAAACACUGCCUUUUCUCUGAAAAGACUGGUUACUGCAAAAAGCCUUUAGGGACAGAGUAUACUCACCAGGACAACUAUAAAAAAACUGUAGUUGUUCUGGUGACUUGUGUCCCUUUAAUAGUGUUGUACAGAUUACGUGACCUGUAGAUGAGAAAGGAAGGUUUCAGAGAGGGCUAUGAAAGUAAAGACUUGCAGGACUCCAUCUUACUGUAUAACAAAAUUGUGUGUUAAAGGGACAUGUAUCAUUUGACCAUUUAAUUUUUAAACCAGCAGGCACACACUUUUAAAUAAAUAUACAAACAAAAAUAAAGCAAGGAAAACUGUAAUAAGCAGAGAAGCCUGACAUCGGAGUCUGCUCUGCAUGAAUCACUCUGAUCAAACUGCCUCUUUCAAGAUGUUAUAAGGUGAAGAGAUCGUCUAGUUGCACAUGUGUAAAUCUGUCAGGCAUUCCCAAUGCACUUUUCCAGUAUUCCUAGGGACAGGGCACUGAUUGGUGAGCUCAGUGUCCUCUAGAGUGGGUGUGGAAAACAUAAGAAAGAAACGGGUAAAUCUAAAAAAAAAUCAUUUACCUGCUCUUUACCAGCCUGUAGAGUGAGGCAACUGUCUCAUUCUAAGCUAACAUUUGGGUCGGGUACCCACUUACACCUGACUGUUCCAGACACCCCAUGUCUGGGACCACACUUGUCUUGUAUAUGAUUGCAAGGUUUUUACCUAGAGUUCAUUUUGAAUGUGUUCCUACCUUGACAGGGGGUGAACCUUGUGUCUGCCAAGGAUGAUGGGCAGCUGAUAUUCCUGGAAGGUCUGCGAUCCUACACAGACCUACUCUUUGGGAAACAGGAGACUGAACAGGCCCACCCCCUGCGCUUCCUGCAGUAAGUUACAUCCCUCAAAUCCUCUAACUGACUGUGUACAUUAAAAUGUUAACCAGGAUUCAAGAGUAUUGGUAGGUUCAUUAACCCCUUAAGCAGUGGUUUCUAAACCAGUUGAAGGCAAACCUACCAGUCCAGGAAUGAGGGAUUACCCAGUUGUGUCAAGGUUUUUUGUUUUUUUUCCUCUUUCUUUCUAAAAACACCUUAGACCCAACUGAGUAAUCCCUAAAUCCUGGCCUGGUAGGCAUGCCUUUUGACUGGUUUGAAAACCAAUGCCCUAGAGUGUGAUUUAUAGAAGCCACUAAUAGGGCUGUUUGAGAUCCUUAUAUAAAUAACCACAGCUCAGCAUUAGGUGUAUUCUGUGUGGCAGCCAUAGCUGAUGUGUACACAAGAUGCAGGCUUGGAUUCUGGGAAUUAAAUGGAUGGUGUAUAUGGCUUUUAUCUACCAUGUGCCUUGGCUUUAUGCUCAUUACUGUUAAGUGCUGUUGACCCUUCCACUGUAUAAUAUUGGUCUUUUCAAAGUCAUCAAUGGUCUUUCCAGGGCAGGAUCCGACCUCAAGCCACUGUAUGACUUUGUUUGUGCAUCAUUGGCGCCCUCAUCAGGUGAAUCCUGGAAAUGUCCAGUGCUGAUUAUCGAUGAUGUUAGUGUGCUGCUCAGUUUGGGGGUGACGGCUGUGCAAGUCUUGGACUUCAUGCAGUACUGUAGAGCCAGUGUGUGCUCUAAAUACAAGGUAAUACAAGUAGCCAAGAUAUAUCAUGUUGUAUUUCAAGAAUUUGUGUUCUACUGAUAAAGUAUUUCACUGUGAUCUCAUAAAGAUAAAGAAUUUGUGGUUAGGAUACAGAGUAUACAGUUAGUGAUAAUGGCUGUGGUGUGGUGCUACAGAUCAAUAUUUAUUAGUUAAAAUGUACCUGUCAUGUAAAUUAAAGAGCAUUACAUUCCAUCUAUACAGAAAUGCUAGCACAUUUUUAGAUUUUAAUGUAGUGCACUUUGGAGUCUUGGCCCUUCCACACCUGUCAAUCAUUCCACUGCCUUACACCUGUAUGCUGCGGAAAUAAUCAUUUACACCCACAGCAGAAGUAUGAGUGACAGGCAGAGCAGGAGAACCCUCCCCCUGAAGGCUCUCUGCUUCUAAUGUUCCCAAAAAGGGUCAAUUGUAUUUGCGAGAGGGUAGCAAAGGAGGGUGGGUGUUAUAACAGGACCCUUCAGCAAUGGCAGCAUUGGAACAAUGGGCAGCUGUACGAAUAUUUCACAGUAAAAUUCCAAUUAUAUAUCUCCAGCAUUUUCACAAAAUUAUCAUUCAUUUAAUGUCAGGAUAGACUCUUGCUGCUCUGAUUGCCUCCUGUAAAAUUAUUACAGUUGGCUUGUGUCUAAUCAGCUGCUUCUUAUGGAGAACUGGGUCACACUGCGUACACGUAAUUCUCCAACAAUUCACCGCAUACAGAAAUAUUUUAAACAUUUUCUUUCCUUUGUGAGACGCACACACUUCCACUGUGAACUACAGUUUAUAGCACGUGAGGCGAUUUAACAGCCACAAGGUGUAACUAGUGGAUUUCUAAAUAUAAGCUGGAGGAGACGGACUGAUUGUGUCCCUUUAAUGUGCAUUACUCAUUAUGUGAACUGUAAGGUUCUAGCUGUCAUUUAAUUUACUCCAUCACUAUGUAAUAUCUACAUGCUCUGUGUUUCAGGGAAAUGUACUGUGUCUGGUCCACAAUGACAGCGAGUGUGAGGAUGAGGAGAAUGAAUUGGUGAUGAAGUCUUUAUGGCAUCAGAGCAGCCUUGUCCUACACACAGAGGGUCUCGCAACCGGGUUCUGUAAAGAUGUGCAUGGCCAGGUGAGUCCGGGCUGUCACAGGGUUCUGUAAAGAUGUCCAUGGCCAGGUGAGUCUGGGCUGUCACUGGGUUCUGUAAAGAUGUCCGUUUUCCAGAUGUGUGCGUAGCUGGGUGAGCAAGGCUACUUACAGGAGGGGGACCUCCUUACACCAUAACACCAUGUGUAGGGAGACAGGGGAAAUUAAAUUUGGCCAGAGAGAAGUACAGUACAAGCCACGCACACAUUGUCCUUGUCCUGUCCCAGAAUGCUUUGCUGUUGGGUUAGAUUUUAGAGAAUGUCACGGAGACAGUAUUGCACGUUUUUACGGAGCUAGUUUUGGGACACAAUGUAACAUAAUAAAACCUGACAAUCCAUAUGAUUGUUUUUGAUAUAUCUGUGUGUGUUAAUGUAUUAUUCAUUUAUUUCAAAUUAGAAUCUAGCGUUAGUAGUGGUAUUUGUGAGCAUGACUUUGUGUGCUAUAAGAAGGUCCCAGAUGAUUGUUUAAUGCUGUCUGUGUUCAGCCGGAAUGCUUCCUUUGUACAGAAUACUUUUUGUCUUGCGUUACAGCUUACUCUCACUUGGCGAGUGCCCACUGGAAGGAAGGGAGAGAAAGAUAAGUCUGAAGUUUACCAGUACAAAAUACACGAUAAAAACGUCACCUUUUUUGCACGAGGCUUGUCUGCGGCAGUUCUGUGAGGAGGAGAAACUGCUUUAUUCCAGGAAAUAGAAAUUAGAUUUUCAGAGAAAAUUGACUUACUGCAUAUAUGGCCAAUGCUUUUCUGGAAUGACACCAAGUAAGUGGAUUGCCAAAACUCACGGGGAGAUAUAUCCUGGACAUAUUCCCUGGCCAACGAUUCAGGAGCACUUCCAAUGCUUAACUCUUGGGAGUCCUUGCAGUAACAAUGAGACUUGUAUUCCUCACAUCGGACAAACUCUGCAUAUUAGGACUCUCAUUCUGUUAGCCCAGUGCAUUCCAUGUAUGGCGAUGUCUUGGACUCUGAUUGGUGAGAUACAUGCAGCUGUACUGGGAGGAGAUUCAGUAAUCAGUAGUCAUAGCAACCCUUACACAUCUGAUAUCAUGGGAUUAAAUAUCAUGUCUCCUUUUGUACUGUGUAGUCUAGAUUCACUAAACAAUGAAUUGAAAUCCAGUUUACACAAUUCAUACUCAAUUAGACAAGGUUGGAAAAUGCCCUAUUUUUAUGUGAAUUUUACUCUUUGGUUUUUGUUUCAGGAAAAGCGGCAGACUGCUGUGUGUAGAAGUGAGGCAGGUAGGGGACAAAGCUAGCAUACCAAUAUCAGAUUUGUAAGGAAUGACUGGGCUUAGAUCAGGAUUGUGACAUUACAUGUUCAUAGUCUGUACUAAUUAAACACAACUCCUCAAUACUAACAUAUUUUCAAUACAUCUCCUAGGUAGAGCACCCUGCAUUGUACAGAGAUCUUUACCAUGUGAGUAACUUAUCUACAGCGUAUGGAACCCUGAUUAUGUCAACCGAGGGGGCAGAUCUUAGUGUAUUGAAUGCUGUAUGGUGUUACCCGACUGGGACAGAUCUUACAGUAUAUAUUAGCCCCAUAGUAAGUUACCUGAUGGGACAGAUCUUACAGUGUACUGAACCCCAUAUUGUGCCACCCUAUGGGGCAGAUCCUAUAGUAUAUAUUGGCCCAGUAGUAAGUUACCCUAUGGGGCAGAUCCUAUGGUAUAUAUUGGCCCAGUAGUAAGUUACCCGAUGGGGCAGAUCCUAUGGUAUAUAUUGGCCCAGUAGUAAGUUACCCGACGGGGCAGAUCCUAUGGUAUAUAUUGGCCCCGUAUUAAGUUACCCGAAGGGGCAGAUCCUAUGGUAUAUAUUGGCCCCGUAGUAAGUUACCCCAUGGGGCAGAUCCUAUGGUAUAUAUUGGCCCCGUAGUAAGUUACCCAAUGGGGCAGUUCGUAUUUAACCUAAAGGGAGAACUGUGCAUCCAGACGUGGUUAGUACUAUUUACAAGAUCUCCGCACACGGGUUCUCCUGCUCUAAACUGGAACUGUCACUUCUCUGGAAAUCCUACUUUUAUGCUUGCCGAAACAGAGCCUGAAAGAAAAAAGUAAUGAUGGUCCAGGCAAGCUUGACAAGGCUAUGUUGUGGGUCAAAACAUUGCUUUUCAUCUGCUUCAAUAUAUCUGCCCACUGGAUUUCAAGAUGUGGCCAAAAAAAAUUUCUAAGUCCUCUGUAGUUAGAGAUUGGCAGCUUCACCUUAAAUGUUGCUAUUUGCUUUACAUUUUACAGAAUUUACAGAUUAGUUAAUACCCCUUGGGGGCAGGGGAGAGAGGUCUGCAGAAUAACAAGUCAUACAUUCUGCGAUGGGAUGACUGUAUCUGGACUCUGCAAGUUACAGACCAUUUAUUUAAUCUUUUUAGUGGUUUAUUAUCAGACGUUUGACAAGUUCUAAAAUAGCCAGCCCUUAAAGGAACACUAUAGUCACCAGAACAACUACAGCUUAUUGGAUUUGUUCUGGUGAGAAGAAUCAUUACCUUCAGGCCUUUUGCUGUAAACACUGUCUUUUCAGAGAAAAUGCAGUGUUUACAUUACAGCCUAGUGAUAACUACACUGGCCACUCAUCAGAUGGCAGUUAGAGAUCCUUCCUGGGUCAUGGCUGCCUAAAAUGCAUCCAAACAUUUAGUGUCUCCUCCCUCUGCAUGCAGACACUGAACUUUCCUCAUAGAGAUUCAUUGAUUCAAUGUAUCUCUAUGAGGAGAUGCUGAUUGGCCAGGUCUGUGUUUGAAUUGUGCUGGCUCUGCCCCUGAUCUGCCUCCUUGUCAGUCUCAGCCAAUCCUAUGGAGAAGGAUUGGAUCAGGCUACCACUUCUGAUGAUGGAAAAAGAAGAGUAGGGUCGCACACGGCCACAAUGUUUCAACCCAGGGUGCUACUGAGCGUGGGUCAGCAAACCCCAAGAAAUAUAUACGAAUAAGAAAAUCUCACACUCACUGCAAUUGCUUCCAGGCAGAUUUAUUGCAACGUUUCGACCUGUUAAGGUCUUUAUCAAGCUAACACCACAGUGACAGAAUUGCUCGCAGUAUUGUUAAUGUGGAAGUUUGUGUUAGGAUUUAGAAAUAUAAAUUUUGACCAUAGUUAAACAGUGACCCUUGUAAAUACUAUGCUAAUGGAAUAUCAUAAUAGGAUAUAUCUGCAUCUUUAAAUAGGGCUAUGUAUAAGAAGCAUCAUGUUACCCUUUUUAUGAGAGUCCUGGUGCCUUCCUUAUUUAUGACAAAAUAUUUCUUCCUCCACCUCUUGUGUAUUUUUUUUUUUUUUUAAAGAUUAAAUAUCCACCACAAUGCAAAGGCAUCAUUUUCCAUCUAUUACUCAUUUGUCUUAUUUUGAAUGUAAUCAAUAACACAAUCAUCAAAUAAAUUGUGUGAAAGAAAGAGUGAAUGUUAGAAAAUACAGUUAUACCCAACAACUAGCAACACCAACAAAAGAAUAAAAAAAUAUAGCAAUAGGGGGUAAAAAUACUUUGUCUACCCUAAUUUCCUUAAGUUGGUACCAAAAAGGACUCCUAUCAGUCUUAAGAAUGUGUGUGUGUGUGUAUAUAUAUACACACACACAAAACCAAGAGGGCUGCACUCACCUAAACAUGCAUACAUUAUAGGGUGCUGCUGGGGCCAAAAUAUACAGAAUCCAGCACACUCGCUUAUUCACUAAACAAUGAUUUCAAAUCUUAGAGAUUCUAAUAGUUUUAUUUAAAAACAAAAGAUAAUGGGGGUUUAGUUAAUGUACCCCAUUCCCAUUUUGCACCCCUCCCUGUCACAGGUGCCUCAUUCCAGGACCCUAUUUAGCCUAGACUUGCAGAGAGUCCCAGUAAGGAAGUAUUACCUAAGUAAGUGGAUCAAUCUCAUAAGGGCAAGCAUUAGGCUGCUAGAGUAGGACCUGCCAAGAAUGGGUUACAUUGACGUUGUGGCAGGCUUAUGCAAUAUAUGAUCAUAUAAUGUAACUAAACCCCCAUUAUUUUUUGCCUAGGUGAGGUGUUUUUAAAUAAAACUAUUACAAUCUCUAAGAUUUUGAAAGCAUUGUUUAGUGAAUAAGCGAGUGUGCUGGAUUCUGUAUUAUAUAUAUUACACACACAUACUAGUAUCUACAAAUUAAAGGGAAAAAGUUAAUAUUGCACUCACAAACGCAAUAUUAAUAGACUGUGACGGAACUACCAUGCCCACAUGUGCCCACUCGCUUGCCUGCUUAUUGUUCUCAGGUCCUCAUGCUGGGGAUCUCCCUAUCUGCUCCUACAGGAACUAUAAUCACUGUCAGGAGGAGAUCCAGGAGCCUCAUGCAUGCAGCCGGACUGUCUGUGGCAAAACUACUACAUAGUCGUAAGAUUGUGCUUGUCCUAUUUGAACUAUGAUAAAAAAAGGAGGCAGGAGUAUGAAUCUGUGGAUAUGCUAUUGAAACACAAGGCUUGCUCAGAUCAAAUGACUCCUUAUUUAAUAGGGAGUGAAGACAUAUAGCGGCUGUGAGAGUUGGUUUGUACAGAAACCAGACUUCCGGGUCACUUAUGUGUGACUUCUCACACCUUGCAAAGUAGCUCUGUGGGGGUCCCAGCUUCAAAGAGGAAUUUGGGUUGUAAGCUCUGACUUUUCAGACAAUCCAAUUAACCCCUUUAGAAAUUGACAAUACCACCUCUACUAGGCAGCCAGUUCAUAUAUGCAUUACACAAAUUACAUAAAAAAAUAUUCUAUAGUGCAACAAUGAACUAUUAAAAUGUGUUUUUGGGUGUUUGGAAUUAUUGUAGAUUCUUCUGUACCUGAGAGAUGAUUAAAUUAAAGAGUUUGCCUCACGCAAUUAUCUCUCAGGCACAGAGGAUCUUGGGAUUGAAAACCCAUGUUGUAUUGUGUUGGAGACCGGGCAUAAAAGUGUGAUCAAAUAAACCUCAGUUGAGUUGACCCCCAGGACUAUGUUUCAUCUAGUUACUGGGGGAAUGGAUGUCUGUAUGCUUUAAUGGUACCAGAGUGGCUGAAGGAAGGAAUUAGCAGAGGUAACGGGUUGGGUUACCCGUGGUCUGCUACAAAAACCUAUAAUAAAAUCAAUGGGUAUAAUCUUCUCUCUUCUUAAUUCUCAGGUUGUAUCAAAUUGCAUAAAAGGAAGAGAAAAAAAAAAAAAGCUGAUCUUCACUGAUAACACUCCAUAUUUUAUUGCACUUACAAUUUUAAAACAUAUUAAAGCAUAUUACCAAAUUCCACUGGUCCCUCUCACAGUCCGGAUUCCAAGUGGGUGAAAAUAUAAAAUCAAUUAAAGGUAGCUCUACGCGUUUCCUUCAUAAGGGGGAAGGGGGGGGGGGGAUGGGGAGAGAUAUGAAUAUUGUGCAAUUUCACAGCCGUCACCACAAUCUAAAUCUCCUCAAAUAAACGGCAGUAGCACCUGGGUGUGCACAAACGUAGUUGAUGCGCAGACCAUCUUUUUCUCUAUUUGCUGGCUCCUCUGUUGGAACUACAGUAGGGGGCUCCUGCAGCUCAGGCUUAUACCUCAUCCUAUGCAUUGUUUAUAUCUCCUAGUUAGCCACUCCCUCUAGGUGCCAUGAGCCAGUCCCAGAGGGAGCCUUGCUUCUCAGCUGAUCCUUGAUUUAAAUUUUACCACAUGACAGGAGGCUUCAUAUUUUGCAUAACUCUUUACUGAAAACUCCAGCAGCUCAGAUCAUACACAGAACAACCAACCAAAAAACAACUACACAUUCCACAAAAGGUACUGCCAGUCCAAGCUCCUCCUCUUUCUUUGCUAACCCUGCUGCACAAGUCAGAGUAUUUUGUCCUUAUGACUUCUUUCUGUAUGUAUCUUAUUUUUAUAUUGUCACAGUUAAGUUGCUUUAUAUUUCUGUUUGUUUAACCCCCACUGCUGUCCACCGUUCCUAUCUAUUGCUUUUCAUACUUUCUUUCUUCUCUAACCACUGUGGCCUAGUACUUCCCCCCCCCCCCUUCUCAGUGUGGAGCCUGGGACUAUCCUGGCUCUCUCUCCCCUCUCCUCAUUUCUGUAUCUCUUUUAGGGCUUUCUGAGGGGAUCUGUUGGUGUAUUCAAGUGAUCUGGCCACAGGUGAAGCUAUUACUAUGGCUAAAACAAGCAGUACCGCACUCUUUUCAUAUUCUCAGGGUCUGGGUUCUAAUCCCCUCUAGGCUGAUCUACUACUGGACUGCUGUGUUUUGUGCCCAUUCCAGCUUCUACCUUCGUACAAGAACCUCAGGCUCAGUAUUUCACUUGUUAUUUUCUGCCACAAAGAGGAAUAUUACAGCAAUAGACCAUUGAAUUCAGACUUGUGGUGCCACAUAAUAGUAGCAGCUACAGACCGUUUAUUGCUCACCAUGGGUACAUCUCUGGUAUAUAACUGGGGUGAGUCCCCAUUGUCUAACUGCCAUCAUUGGCAAUGAUUGCAAGGGUGAGCACAUCUACAGAAUGGUACCGCCUCCCCUGGACGGGAGUUAUUGGGAUUUGCCCCCCAUUUAUAUGAGACUUUCAUGUCUCCCAUAUCACUCAAAGGAAAAAACCCUUUUGUAUUUUUAUAGAGUGAUCCCCUCUCACAUUGGCACUUAUUACACUAAGCAAGAGGCACAUAAUAAUAUUGCUGUUCUGGAUGAACCCAGUUGUAUUGGGAGUCUGGCACCCUGUGUGCUUUGCCAACUACCUAUGUCCACUGACAGUAUCCUGCAGUAUGAGGCUUAUCAUGGGCGACUCCCCCAUCUACUCAGGAUUUCUCAGUGGUGAUUAAGGCUGCUGCUGUGUCCUCGGUGGGAAAGCUCCAUUAUGCAUGCUACCUCAACCGCAGGUAGAAACGGGGACAUUAGGUUUGGAUGAACCUCAGGCGCAGUGGUCUCUAGAAAAUAAGCCGUACCACAACAGCACUGAAGGUCAAAGGCUAAGCCCCACUGAAGAGAUUGAGUGGAAUCGAUUGAGGAUGAUUCUUCCCCUCCUCACUCGCAUUGUCGAUGAGUGGUUGGCAGGUCUUACCCCAAUCUACCUCACAGUAUGUCAAGAUACCUGUGUUUGGUGAAGACUACCACAGGAAAUAUGCCAAUACUUCACUGACCUUGGUGACUGAGGACAAGGUGUUUUUGGAUGCUCAAGGAGUGGAACCCACCUACCACCUGGCUCAGUGUGUCCACUAUUAGCUCUACAUGGCUUUGGUGAAAGAGGAUCGUACACGACGAAAGCCGACCGCACUACACCUCUGCUGCCUGAGGAAAAUUGCCAACGCACCUGAAUUUAACACCAAAGUAGUCCAAAGAUAUCUUGUGCCUUCUGCACCUGGAUGAUUUACUGAUGUUCUAUAACACAGUACCCAGGCUACGAUCUCAGGUGAAAUUUGUUGUUCACGUUCUGGAAUCUGUGGGCUUCAUGGUGAACAGACAGAAAUCGACACUCGACAAUGGGGUGCCCUCUCAGCAGAUGUAUGGGCGGAACUCCACUGGUAACAAAACGGGGGGUAGAGUCAGCGCUAAUCGGGAAGGCAGCAGUCCCAAACAAGGACUCCCUCUAAUGUCCUUGGAAUACAAAUGGUAGAAACAGGAAAAGUUGGGGGACCCAUCCCCCAACUUUUCCUGUUUCCACCAUUGGAACUCCACUGGUGGCUGCUUCACAUGCAAGCCUGGAAUGGCACGGCGAUAUUCGGUCUUUCACCAGAAUUCAUUGUGGAACUGGAUGCCAGCCUCUGGGGCUGGGAAACUCAAUAUACGGAUUCUUCCACAGGAGGCCUUUGGCUAGACUAUGAGACCAAAUUGUACAUAUAUUGUCUGGAAGUGAUCCUUUUCCAACCACAGUCUUGCUGAAAAGUCUAUCCAACUGCUGCCUUCUACUCUGCAUGGACAAUUUUCCACGGUUCCAUACAUCUGCCGCCUAGGCAAAGUCCAAUACCGGGCCUUGUCAGAGGCAACAAAAUACAUUUCCAGGUUCUGUGUCUCGCACACCAUCACUCUUCAGGCAGAAUAUCUUCCGGGGAUCACCGACCUCAUGGCAGACUGGUUCUCUUGCCACUGAUGAAAGUGCAGCGACUGGCGUCUAGACGGUUCGAUUUUUCCAUGAAUUACCAUCCCUCAGGGAAUGGGAAUCUAUUUGCAUCCGUGACCAACCGACAUCCUUCCGAAGUACUUCAGUUGGCUCCCGGAUCCGGACUGAGAGGUGGUGGAUGCUUUCCUUCACCUUUGGCUGCGCAAAAAGGGCGUUUGCCUUCCCACUUUUCUCCAUGCUGACGAGAGUACUCCUCUGCUUUCACAGAGAGUCUCUCCUUCUCAUCGCUCCCCUGUGGCAGAGCAGAUUGUGGUUUCUGGAUUGUUGGAACUACCUUUUUGAUUUGGUAACUAAAAUAAUAGAUCAUUGUGGUGCAGCAGACAUUGCCUACCUCGAUUUCAGUAAGGUUUUUGACACUGUUCCACAUAGAAGGCUCAUCAAUAAACUGCAAUUUUUAAGUUUGAAUGGGUUAGGCAGUGCUUAAAUCACAGGCAACAGAGGGUUGUUGUCAACGGAGUAUAUUCGAAGCAAGGUCUAGUUACCAGUGGGGUACCUCAGGGAUCUGUACUUGGACCCAUUCUCUUUAAUAUUUUUAUUAGUGAUAUUGCAGGUGGUCUAGAUGUAAGGUAUGUAACAGGAUUGAUGUUCCAGGAGGGAUAAGCCAAAUGGCAAAUGAUUUAGGUAAACUAGAAAAAUGGUCUGAGUUGUUGCAACUGACAUUUAUUGUGGAUAAGUGCAAGAUAAUGCACUUUGGACGUAAAAACCCAAGGGCAGAGUAUAGGACAUUUGAUACCCUACUAACAUCAACAUCUGAGGAAAAGGGAUUUAGGAGUAAUUAUUUCAGAUGACAAAGGUAGAAGUGCUACCAGAAUGCUUAGUUGUAUAGGGAGAGGUAUUAGCAGUAGAAAGAGAGAAGUGCUUAUGCCAUUGUACAGAAAACUGGUGAGACCUCACUUGGAGUAUUGUACGCAGAACUGGAGACCGUAUCUUCAGAAGGAUAUUGAUACCUUAGAAAGGGCUCAGAGGAGGGCUACUAAACUGGUUCAUGGAUUGCGGGAUAAAACUUACCAGGAAAGGUUAAAGGAACUUAACAUGUAUAGCUUGGAGGAAAGACGAGACGGGGGAUAGGAUAGAAACAUUUAAAUACAUAAAGAGAAUCAACACAGUAAAGGAGGAGACUAUAUUUAAAAGAAGAAAAACUACCACAACAAGAGGACAUAGUCUUAAAUUAGAGGGGCAAAGGUUUAAAAAUAAUAUCAGGAAGUAUUACUUUACUGAGAGGGUAGUGGAUGCAUGGAAUAGCCUUCCAGCUGAAGUGGUAGAGGUUAACACAGAGAGGGAGUUUAACCCCUUAAGGACACAUGACAUGUGUGACAUGUCAUGAUUACCUUUUAUUCCAGCAGUUUGGUCCUUAAGGGGUUAAGCAUGCGUGGGAUAGACAUAUGCUAUCCUAGACUUAAGAUAAGGCCAGGGACUAAUUAAAAGUAUUUUGAAAUAUUGGGCAGACUAGAUGGGCCAAAUGGUUCUGAUCUGCCAUCACAUUCUAUGUUUCUACCUUAUGACAUUCCUCUCUUCUUACCAUCAUUCUCCCUUCUACUGACGGUACCUCGUGGGGAACUGAACAUUCUUGUGAUAGCACAGAUGCUGGACCAAAUGGCUCAGACGCCAGACGAUGCUGCAUCUCCACUUGGAAUUCUUAGCGUAAUGGGUCUUUGGAGAGGGGUUAGAAUCUCUUUACAGCACCUGUUUCUAUCAUCCUUUCUGUGCCUUCCCUUCUAGCUUGGUGGUUGACAUCGGUAUAUCAAUGUGGUGCAUUCUAUAUCACACUAUAUAGAUGACUCGCGUUCCGCUUCAAGGCGUCCCAGUGGGUCAGGACCCUUUGGUCUGUCGCCUUUUGGGAGGUAUUAAGUUGUCCAGACCCUUGAACCUAUACAUUCCCCCUUUUGGGAUGUGGACUUGGUGCUGGUUUUUUUUCGGGGUUGGCCAGACAAUACGGGUUUGAAUCUUCGACUACUGUAACGGCUGAGUAUAUCCGUAUAGAAUCUCCCGACAUCCAAGCAUAGAAGUUGUAGUGAUUAUAGCUCCCAAUCCCCCAAACAUGAGCCAAGACUUCAUGAAGAGGUAAAGCAUUCUGUAAUGGAAGCCACAGCUGGCCUUUUAUGCAAGUCCCCAAGCAAGGUGUACGCCCACAUUGACCUUGUUGGGGACAUGGACGCAAACACAACAACCAAUAACAACAAGGUUACAAAGUGUGACACUACCAACAAACAAUACAAUCCCUCCUCUGAAUCUGGGAGAUAACGGAGUUAAGUGGCUGGCUUAAGCUAAAUUAUCUAUAAAUACAGAAAAUAUUCACUCUUUUAAUACUUCACAAAAACACUUUAAAAUACAAUUCAUAUUUCAUGUAACCGAACCCCCAUAGUCUACACAUCCCCAGAUAGCUUGGAUCUGAGCGCACAACAUAUUCGAAAAGCGCUCAAAUCCCACAAACAUAGUCAAAUCGUCACUGGGGGUAAGAAUUGACUGAACGCUCUGGCGAUAUCUGCCCAGAAAUAGUUCCCUAAGUUCAGGGGUAGCGGUCGGUCUAGUUCAAGAGUUUUCAUACGAAAUGAAAUGGUGUACGAAUAAAAAGGUGAAACGGGUUCCCUGGCUCAGAGUUUGGGGUUUGUUCGGGAGUUCUUGUCGAACAACGCUCUCUUGGCUUGCCGCAACUAUAAGCAGGCGUUCGUACCUUUUUCACUGGUGUUCGGGCCGUCGAGUGGCCGCCUCAGAGUUCCAGGCGCUUGACGACCACGUCCAGCUGCCUGCUUUAGUGCGACAAGAUGAGAGCACUGAAUUCCUGUGGUUUGUUUGAACUUAAUGAGCCAGGGGGUGGUCAGUGUUCGGUACUUAGUUCCUAAAAAUGAAAUGGAGAAUAAAAUAUUAACUAAAUGUCCAAACAGUGUAGGAGAAUGCCUCUGGGGAAGGCAACAUAGGGAUUUUGUCACAACUACUUUCGGCAGUGCUUACGCUAUUGUUAGGUCUUAUUUCUUCUGUCACAUUUUGGGUGUUCGACGUUUAUGUUUUGUUUUUUCCUUCUAUCCAGCCAACGUACUCUUUUCUAUCUCACGUCAUGAUACAUCAGACUCAACGACAGUUUUUUUUAUCUGUUCUUUUAAGCAGUCCCUCUGUUUAGCAUCGUUAAUACAUUCUUACGGUACACUGAGGUUACCGCACCUUUACAGACUUUACCUUUGGACCAGUGUAACGGCACCCCCAGGCAUAAAAGGGUUAAACCGCCGUUUAGUAGAUGUUCCCUUCCAGAGACACAGGCACUGCUACUGUAGACACCAAUCCACCGAACCGGAGACACAUACGAAUGCUGUAAACAGCAGAACCGGAACCAUAUCAAUGCCGUAAACAGCCGAAUAGGAAAAACCAUACGUAUAGGUUUACACUCCUAGCAGUCAAACUGGAACAGCAUAGAAUAAAUCCCCCCAAGAACGAGACAAGGCUCCGUUUUGAGGGUCAGGCAGCAACAGUCAGAGCGGUGGGUUUAUUGUUCUUAUAUACACAUUAGUACCACCCACAGGGUUUUGGAAAACAACCAAUAAACACAUACAAUACACUCAGACACUCCCACACAAAAUCCUCCCCUCUGUCUGUGAUACAAUUACCUUACACAAUGGGUAAUGUAAUUAUCACCGGCAGAGAAAUACAGUUUUUCCACAUUAUUCAUAACUUGAAAAGUAUGCAUCACAUUCAAAUAAAACUUACAUUAUCAGAAUCAGCAUACUCCAAAUACAAACAUAU